AGAAAGAGAGAGAGUGUGUGUGCGUCCUUGCGCGCAUCCAUAAUGCUGCUGCUCUCGGAGACCACCUCAAUGCAUCCGAGCAGAACGCGACAGCACAUCUGAUAAACACGCUAUGGGCCAAGAUGGUGGAUUGCAAAGACUAAUAUGUGCUAAGAAGUCAUCUAAUUCCACUCUGAGCCAACCGUAUUUCCAUUUCCACCAAGCAAGGUGUCAGUAACUGCGACAGCCGUGACAGCUCAGGCUGCCUUAAAGCCGGACUAUGGGCUCUAGAGGAGUGGAGAGGCGCAAACCGGUCACCCCGGCCCAGACCCCAGAGGGCAACGUGGUGAUGAGCUUCAGUUUUGAGAGCUAUCAGCUAGAAGAAGAGGACUGCCAAGGAAAAGACAUCCCUGACAAAGGCGUGCUGGCUCUCUCCGAGCCUGUGCUGGAGGAACCAGUUCCAGAUGAUCGCUAUCAUGGAAUCUAUUUUGCCAUGCUGUUGGCUGGAGUCGGCUUCCUGUUGCCUUACAAUAGCUUCAUCACCGAAGUGGACUACCUCCAUCAUAAAUUUGAAGGGACAUCCAUUGUGUUCGAUAUGAGCCUGACGUACAUUCUCGUGGCUCUGGUUGCGGUGGUACUGAACAAUGUCCUGGUGGAGCUGCUCAGCCUACACACCAGGAUCACCGUGGGUUACCUCUUUGCUCUCGGCCCUCUGCUUUUUGUCAGCAUUUUUGACGUGUGGCUGCAGAAGUUCACCACAAACCAGGCGUAUGCCCUUAACCUAAUAGCUGUGGGUGUUGUGGCAUUCGGAUGCACAGUGCAGCAGUCCAGUUUUUAUGGCUACAUGGGAAUGCUUCCAAAGCGGUACACACAAGGAGUAAUGACAGGAGAAAGCACGGCUGGAGUGAUCAUUUCACUGAGUCGGAUCUUCACCAAGCUGCUGAUUACAGACGAGAGGAAGAAUACCAUCAUCUUCUUCCUCAUCUCUAUCGGCAUGGAGCUGAAAUGUUUUAUUUUGCAUCUGCUGGUGCGCAGGACACGAUUUGUGCGUUACUACACUAGCCUGGCGCGCCAAGGGUUGAGCCACUCCAAAGACCACUCGCACCACGGCAAUCAGUACCAAGUCCACCAUGACGUCAUAACAGAGGACGUGAGAUUUGACAAUGGUGCAGUGAGUGUUUCUCCUGCAGAAGACGGCAGUGCAGAACCAGAAUACAGUGGCAGCAGCACAUAUGUGAGAUUUGAUGUGCCGAGGCAAAAGAUAAAAAGGAGCUGGCCGGGCAUCAAGGAUAUGUUCCUGCAUCGGUAUGUGGUCUCUCGUGUGAUUUGGCCCUACAUGUUGUCCAUUGCCGUCACCUACUUCAUCACACUGUGCCUGUUUCCCGGCUUGGAGUCCGAGAUCCGCAACGCGACACUGGGCGAGUGGCUCCCCAUCCUCAUCAUGGCCAUCUUCAACAUGUCCGAUUUCGUUGGCAAAAUCUUGGCCGCUUUGCCUUAUGAGUGGAAUGGGGUGCGUCUGCUGUUCUUCUCCUGCAUAAGGGUGGUCUUUAUCCCUCUCUUCAUUAUGUGUGUGUAUCCCGUGCCAAAGCCUACCCUCUGUCACCCAGCGUGGCCCUGUGUCUUCUCCCUCCUCAUGGGUGUCACGAAUGGUUACUUCGGUAGCGUACCCAUGAUCCAGGCUGCUGGAAAGGUGCCACCUGAGCAAAGGGAGCUCGCAGGAAACACCAUGACGGUAUCCUACAUGGCUGGACUGAUGCUGGGGUCUGUGGUCGCCUACGCUGCCUACCGUUUCACUGCGCCAGGAUCGAGCUUCCACUCAGAAACCGGCUUGAACUUCACCCAGGGGUAUUAGUGCCCUGUGACACGUAUUCACCAAUCGCAUUAAAUUCACUUUCAGUAAAUUCCCCAAGGAGCAAAUCAAAAGCUCCCCACGUGUUACAUGGUGCACUUUUGAAUGUAGAAAGGCAGGAUGAAUUCCUUGCAGAACUAAAGACCUGUGUGUGUGUGUGUGUGUGUGUGUGUGUGUGUGUGUGUGUGUGUGUGUGCGCUCCAAUGUGAUGUUCAUUUAUGUUAUAUGAAAGUAUACAGUAUGUUUAGCUUUACAGAGGGGUUUGUGUGGGUCAUGUCCUGUGGUGAAAUUCUGCCUCGAUGUUCUCCUCUUGCCUUCACUUUUUGGAUUAAGGUUAACGCCCUAAAAUAAAAAAAAAAUGGAAAAGUUAAAGUAUCGUCUUUAAUUGUGCAUUAUGAAUGUUGGACCUGUUUUGUCAAAGCAACUGAAUGUGAACCUUACAAA